GCUACUACCGAUGCAUCGCCUACGCACACCAGUUCUUCCGCCAGUUCCGACUCGUCGUCCAAAGACGCUUCAUCUUCUGACUCAAAAUCUACCGUCUCUGCGUCAUCUACCUCCAAAUCCAAAUCUACUCCUACUCCUCAUGCUGCUGCCUUGCGUCGCGAAGUUCCUGGCGCAGGUGCAACUUUCUGAGGGUGCCAAAAACAGUGACAAGAAGAAGAAGGAAAACCACGGCAAUGGCCCCAGGAAAAGGAAGGGUGACAGGGAGAAGAAACAUUGUGGCACUGGAAACUCUGAAAAGAGUCACGGAGGAGAGAAGGAAACCUCACCCAAAAAAUAGCGCCCCCUGGCCAAGAACAUGGGCCGGGUAUCCACAGAAUGAUUCACCGAUUCAUGCCGGUGGUAGGAAACUCAACCACGGAGGUGAGAAUCACCCUCGUACUCUUCCUGGUCAAGAAUAUAGGCAGGGCGAACAUGAAGAGGAACAUGUACCAAUUCAUGCUGGCGGUAGAAAACCCAAUCACGGGGAUGAGAGGCAUCGUCGCACUCUCCCUGGCCGAGAACAGCAGCACGGGCAGGGCGGCGAAGUGGAUCACGCCCAUGGUGGUCCUGGUGAUGAAGGUGAAAACAAUGCUAUGGAAGAUGGUAAGAAGCACGGUGACAGAAACGUGCACCUGGCGGUCGGAAGCAGAAGAAUCAGGGGGAGAGAAAGGAUAAACAACAUAGUAGUCCAAGUAGCAAGAACCUCGAGGACAAAGAGCAGAGUAAAGAAACUCCUGGGACCGAUGAUAGCAAACUUGAGCGUGGAGGGCAUGAAAGCCAAACCACGGAUGGGUCGUCGCUUGCCUCAGGCCUCUGUGAACUAUGCAGCCGACUUGAUUUAAUAAAUUAGAGGAUUGUGAAUAGUAUUCCGUUUGUUCGCAACAUAAAAUUCGAUCUGGUAGAGAACAGUGACAGUACGUUCUAUCAACUUCUUUGACCUUGGGAAACU